AUGAAUUAAUAAAUGAAUACAAAUUUGCCAUACAUCGGAAGCUCAAGGAACAUACCAAUUUAAGGCUAACACAAUAUCAUCAAUUUGCAAGAUGAUAAACUGAAUCAAAAUAGUGUAAAUAACAGACGAAAGCUUUAUGUUUAAAAAUACCCUAAAAAUUUGGACAGUAAACUAAUGACAGACAUUUUAGGAGGUCCUUUGAUUGAAGAAAUUCCAAAAGAUCCACCUAUACGUAGACCCAGAAGUUAAAGCAAAAAGCACUUAAAUGAUAGGACAAAUAAUUUAUCUUUGGACCAAAACAGCAUAAUGGGAGACAACGAUAGAAUGAAUAAAAAUUCUAUGAGUUUUCAUGUACCUUAAUCCAAAGAUAAUAAUAGUUUAUUAGAAAAAGCCAUGCUUGAAAAUGAUAUACAAGAACUUAGGGAGAAGCUUUAUAGAUAAGAAAGGAACAUGGGCACAAUGAAUGAUUUAGUGAAAAGUUUGGAAAUCAAAUUGUAAACAAGAUAACAAUUACAAGAUUCUGAUAUUCAAUAAAUUUUAACUGCCAAUAAAUCUUAAUUAAAUACUUACGAGCAAAAAAUAAGGGAUCUUGAGCUAAAAAUUUAAUCUGAUUAGAGACAAUAUGAUGAUAUAAAAAAGAACUUGUAACAAAAUGAUCAAAAUCAAAAAGAAAUAUUAAAUUUUAUAAGAAAUAUGCAAAAAGAGGAAUCUAACUAAAUAAUGAAUAUGAAAGGAUUAAUACAAGACAAGUUAACAGAGGAAAAUAAUAAUCUUUCCAAAGAAAAAGCAAAAACAAAAGCAUUAUUUAUGGAAGUUGUGAGGUUAGGUGAAAAUUAAGAAAGAUAGUCAAACAGUUUCAAGUAAACUCAGCAAGAUCUGGAAGAAAAGAUCAGGUUUUUGGAAUCUAAAAUAAUGAAUGGGGAAAAAGCAGUGUCUCAUCUUGCAGAAAAGGGCGAUAAAAACAUAAAUCAAAUGGGUGAAUGGGGAGAAGUCACAGCAUAAAGAAUUAGAGAUUUUGAAAACGGCUUGCAAAACCUUUAAAGAGAGCUAGUUAAAGAAAAAUAAAAUAUAAGAAAUAUCGAAGAAAGUAAUAGCAGAACAGACUAAGAGAUAAGAAAUUAGCUAAAGUUAAUGAAAUCUGAUAUUACUGAUAUGAAUGAGAAUUACUUUAGCUAAAUAUCUUAAAAAUUAUACUAAGAAAGAGAGGAAAGAAACAAAAUUCUAGAUGAAAUUCAAAUGUCAAUUGACUAAAAAUAAAGGAUUAUGGCUGAUAAAGUUAAUUAUGAUAAACAAGAAUUAAAAGAAAAGGUAGCAUAUGUUGAGCAACUACUUAAGUAGGAAUCAAUUAAAAACUCUGAAGGUCUCUUAUAAAUUUAAGGGCAAUAAGACUAGCAGCUUAAGUACUUGCAGGAGCAACUCAAAGCGUUUGAAAACAACUAAAUAAAUUCAGAAAAUAAACUCAAAUAAGACAUUAUUAAAAUUCAAGAAUAGUUUAACAGAGACUAUUUGCAAUUUAAAAACUAUCAAAAUGGACUAACUGAAAAAAUAACAGAGAUGAUGCAACAAGAAAUAAAAACUAGAAUAAAUUCAGAUAUAGACUUAAAAAAUUUAACAAGCGACAUUGCUCAAGAUAUAGUUUCUGAUAUUAAUAAACUAAAAGAUGGAAUAGAAUAAUAGUUCAAGGAAGUAUAUGAUGAAAUUAAAAACAUGAAUUCUGAAUGUGCUCAGAGGUGCUCCAAAUUGAGUAUCUUUACUGAACAAGAAUGCUCUAAUUUAGGUACUGAAUUUAUCAAAAAGUUUGAUAAAUUGAAGGAUAUGUUUACUAAAUUAGCAGAAUAGUUUAAGUCACACUUGAUUCACUACGAUACAAACAGAAAUUCCAUAUUGCAAAAAAUAGAUUUCGUUGAUUCUAAAUAUAGUAACUUAGGGUCUGAUUUACUUUUGGCAUUGUAAGACUAAUAAAAAAAUUUCUAGGAAAAAGUUGAAUCUGAGAUAAAGUUAAUGGAUGAAGAGAUAAAUGGAGUCAAAAUACAAACUUAAGAUAGAUGCAUCAAAAUCGAAUAAGAAUAAUUGAAAGAUAUAGAAUUAAUUAAAGAAGCUAUACAAGAUUUAACCGGAACUUUGAAUGAUAAAAUCGAUAAAACAUAAAAGUAAAAUGAUUUGAUUCUGUAGAAUAAUGAUGAUAAACUUUAGGAAGUGCUUAUUAACACAUAAAAAAUAAAAGACUAAAUUCAAAUUUUUGAUGAAAGAAUAAAUUAAAUGCAAGAAUAGAAUGUCACUGGUGCAAGCUAUUCUAUUAGUCAAUUAUAAUCUGAGAUAAAUUUAAUAGUUUAAAACUAAAAUAGUAUAAAUACUUAAUUUUAGGUUGAUCUAGAUCAACUAACUCAAAAUAUAAAUACAGCUGAUUAAAAUAGAUAAAAUUAAAUGUAAGAGCUGGUCGAAUACAAUAGCAAUUUCGAAGGAGAAAUGGUGGUAAAAAUUCAAUCAUUGGAAGAGUCAAUUUUAAAUAACUUAAAAAUAAUAAAUCAGACGAUUCAAACAAUUGAAGUAAGUUUUUGCACACUUUAAAAUUUUUUGAAUUUGUAAAUAUUAAUGCUAAUUUUAUAGUCACUCUAGUCUACUUUCGAUGAGAAUAUUAUAAGUUUAUAGGCAGAAAUGACUUUAGAAAAAACAAUGAAUAAGACAGAAUUCAAAAAUCUUAAAUAAGAUAUUAAUGAUCUUUUAAAUAUAUUUGAAAAAGUCAAUUCAAAAUAAGAUAAGGAAAAUCAUCAAAAUAAUAAUUAAAAGAAAGAAGAAGAAAUAAAUUAAUUAAGAAAUGAAAUGCAAGAAAAGUAUGAAAGAAAACUUCAGUAAGUAUUAGAAAAUAUAAAAAGAGAAAACUAAGAAUUGUGGAAGCAAAGCUUAGAAUAAAUAAACUCAAAUUACAGUGGAUUAAUAGACAAAGAAGAUUUUAAUAGUAAAAAUAAAAGUAAUUAAAUUCCUAAUAAAAGUGAUAUAACUUUCUAGACAAGGUUAAAUGAAAUAUUACUCACUCAAGAUACAUACAAUAAACCUUACUUAAAAUAAAAGAAAUGA